GCACCGAAUCCUCCAGGGGGAUUCCCCAUUGGGCCACUAGAGGGUCACAAUUGGCUUUUCAGAGGAAGCAUGACAUCACAAAUGCUUACCACUCUAGGAACUUGCACUUGCUUCCAUUAACCCUUGUGGCUCCGAAGAAGGCAGAGAGACUGCGGGAGAGUCUGGUGGUAAUGGUGGAGAUCCAGACGCGCCCUGAGUGGGGGUGUGUGUCUCUUCCUGUGCAAAGGGAGACAGGACCCUCCUGGGUCAAUCCGGGCAGAAUAACCUGCGGUGGUCAGUCCUGCAACAACAGAAAGCAUCCUAUGAAUGAAAAGCACUUCGAGGUCCACAAGAUUCCUGGGACCCGUUUGAAGUUGCCUUGCAGACCAGAGACAGAAUGGAGACACAACUUUUAGCAAGUGAAGCGACUGGAAAAGGUCCUUCUGCUGUUCAGCCUGGGAGCUGUGGGGGGAUCUGGACAAAAAACAGGGAGAAGAUCCUGGAGGAGGAAACCAUCCUCCAUUCAGAAGUUCAGCCCUGCAAUUUCAGGAGCCUCCAAUACGAGGCUGAGGGUCCCCAAGUACUUUGCAGCCAACUCCACAACAUUUGUAGGCGAUGGCUGAAACCAGAAAAGCACACCAAAGCCCAGAUGCUGGACCAGGUGGUUCUGGAGCAGCUCCUGGCCCUUCUGCCCCCAGAAAUGGAGAGCUGGGUUCGGGAGUGUGGAGCAGAAACCAGCUCUCAGGUGGUGGCCCUGGCGGAAGGCUUCCUCUUGAGCCAGGUGGAGCAGCAGAAGGAGCAGAUCAAGUUGCAGUCCUUCACUGUGGAGAUCAGAGAUCCUGAAGGAAAGAGGAAUCCAUCAAAAUUCCCUGAGGAUCUGUUUUUCAGGAGUGUAUCUCACGAAGAGUCAAGUCAGGACACCUUGGGAGGGAAACAUAGAAUGAAGUUUUCUGGUCUUUAUGCUGGAGCUGAAACAGUGGUUGAGCCUCCAAAUCAAGAGGGUCUUGUGACCUUCGAGGAGGUGGCUGUGCAUUUCUCUGAGGAGGAGUGGUCUCAGCUGGGUCCUGACCAAAAAGAGCUGCAUUGGGAAGUCAUGGUGGAAAAUCAUAGGAACGUGGCCUCUCUGGGUAAUAAUGGGCAGGAGAAUCAAGAUUCCUUUGAACUGUUCCAAGUGAUCAAUACUGGAGAUGGAACGGAGAAGUCUGCAAUUCAAAAGGAAGUAGAAAGACAUGAAAGAAACCAGUUAAAUAACUGGAAUCAGGAAAACUCAUCUUCUAUUGAUGCUUCGAUGCAAGACUUUCUUGCCCAGCAAGGGAAAAUAAAAAAAAAUAUUGGGAAAAGUGUGAAAGUAAUCAAACCUAAAUUACAUGUAAACGAACAUUUUCCAAUCCAAAACAAACAAGACCCUGUAAGAAGAACCAAUGGAAAAAAUUACAAUGGGACUUUCGCCUUUUCUCUUGGAAAUAAGUCCCUUAUAUCUCAACAAGGAAUCCACGUAGAAGAGAAACCUAAUGAAUCUGUGGAAUGUGGAAAAAGCUUCAGAACAAGCAAUCAACUUUCUUUCCAUAAAAUGUCCCAAACAGGACAGAAGCUAUCUAAAUAUAUGAAAUGUGGAAAUAGCUUUCAUACCAAUUGUGACUUUACUGUACAUAAAAUGACUCACACAAGGAAGAAAACAUAUAAAUGCAUGGAAUGUGGAAAGAGCUUUAGGUCGAAUGGUGGUCUUUUUUACCAUAAAAAGAUCCACAAAGGGGAGAAACCACAUAAAUGCAUGGAUUGUGGAAAGAACUUUACUCACAGGAGUCAACUUGUGAUCCAUAAAAGGAUCCACACAGGGGAGAAGCCAUAUAAAUGCACAGAGUGUGGAAAGAACUUUGCUCAUAGAAGUAGUUUUGUUUCCCAUAAAAGGAUCCACACAGGGGAAAAGCCAUAUAGUUGCAAGGAAUGUGGAAAAAAGCUCAAAACGAGAUGUUCCCUUAUACACCAUGAAAUGAUCCACACAAGGCAGAAGGCAUUUAUAUGUGUGCAAUGUGGAAAGGGCUUUCGGAGGAAUUGUGAUCUUACCAUCCAUAAAAGGAUCCACACAGGGGAGAAGCCAUAUAAAUGCACGGAUUGUGGGAAGACCUUUGCUCAGAACAGUGGUCUUAUUUCCCAUAGAAGGAUCCACACAGGGGAGAAGCCAUAUAAGUGCAUGGAAUGUGGAAAGACCUUUGGUCAAGGCAACAGUCUUACUUCCCAUAACAGGAUCCACACUGGAGAGAAACCAUAUAAAUGCACGGAGUGUGGAAAGACCUUUACUUAUAGAAGUCAACUUAUUAAUCAUAAUAAUAGCCACACAGGGGAGAAGCCACAUAGUUCCAAGGAAUGUGGAACGUGGCUCAGAAGAAAAUGUUCCCUUAUUCUCCAUGAAAAGAUCCACACAGGGGAGAAGCCAUAUAAAUGCAUGGAGUGUGGGAAAGCCUUUGCUCACAGGAGUAAAUUUGCGAUCCAUAAAAAGAUCCACACAGGGGAGAAACCAUAUAAAUGCAUGGAGUGUGGACAGACUUUCGCUGCGAAGAAUUUUCUCACUUACCAUCAUAAGAUCCACACAGAGAAGUCCUAUAAAUGCAUGGAGUGUGGAAAAACCUUUGCUCAUAGAAGUCAACUUACUAAACAUAAUAGAAUCCACACUGGGGAGAAGCCAUACAAAUGCAUGGAGUGUGGAAAGAACUUUGCUUAUAGCAGUAGUCUUAUUUCCCAUAAUAGGGUCCACACAGGGGAGAAGCCAUAUAAAUGCACAGAGUGUGGAAAGAACUUUGCUCAUAGCAGUAGUCUUGUUUCCCAUAAAAGGAUCCACACAGGGGAAAAGCCAUACAGUUGCAAGGAAUGUGGAAAAUGGCUCAAAACAAGAUGUUCCCUUAUACAGCAUGAAAUGAUCCACACAAGGCAUAAGGCUUUUAUAUGUGUGCAAUGUGGAAAGGGCUUUCGGAGGAAUUGUGAUCUUACCAUCCAUAAAAGGAUCCACACAGGGGAGAAGCCAUAUAAAUGCGCAGAGUGUGGGAAGACCUUUGCUCAGUCCGGUGGUCUUAUUUCCCAUAGAAGGAUCCACACAGGGGAGAAGCCAUAUAAAUGUAUGGAGUGUGGAAAGAGCUUCAGUCGGAGUGAUUGUCUUACUUCUCAUAAAAGGAACAAGGGACAUGCCAGCCAGACAGUUAUCGAGGUGCAGAUGACAGAAAGGGCUCAGCACACAAGAUGCAAAGCAGACUCCUUAGGCAGGAAAGGUUCAGAGACAUGGAAGUCUGAGGUAAAGUUUACCUCAGAAGAUGGGCUCCGCAGGAGGCGGGGAGGCUGCGGGGGAGUCUGGCGGGGGGAGAUCCAGACGUGCCCCGGAUACACAAACUCGAAGCCAUUUGUAGUUUUUGGGAGCCAAAAUUAUCUCUUGGGCAAAGAGAACAGAAUAACCUGCUGUGGUCAGUCCUGUAACAACGGAAACCGUCCUAUGAAUGAAAAGCGGUUGUUGAUCCACAGGAUUCCUGGGACUUGUCUUGGAUUUGUCUUGCAGACCAGAGAUAAAAUGGAGACACGACUUUUAGCAAGUGAAACCACUCCAAAAGACCCUUGUGCUUUUCGGCCUGGGAGCUGUGGGGAGAUCUGGACAAAAAACAGAGAGAAGAUCCUGGAGGAGGAAACCAUCCUCCAUUCAGAAGUUCAGAAGCCCUGCAACUUCAGGAGCCUCCAAUACCAGGAGGCUGAGGGUCCCCGAGAACUUUGCAGCCGACUCCACAACUUUUGCAGACGAUGGCUGAGACCCGAAAAGCACACCAAAGCCCAGAUGCUGGACCUGGUGGUUCUGGAGCAGCUCUUGGCUAUCGUGCCCCCAGAGAUGGAGAGCUGGGUGCGGGAGUGUGGAGCAGAGACCAGCUCCCAGGCGGUGGCACUGGCAGAAGGCUUCCUCCUGAGCCAGGUGGAGGAGCAGAAAGAGAAGGUUGAGUUGGCGCCCUUUACUGUGGAGAUCAGAGAUCCUGAAGGAAGGAGGAAUCCCCCUGAUGAUCUGUUUUUCACGACGAUAUCUCAGGAAGAAUCAAGUCAGGACAUCUUGGGAGGAAAACAUAGAAUGAGGUUUUCUGGUCUUUAUGGUGGAACUGAAACAGUGGUUGAGCCUCCAAAUCAAGAGGGUCUUGUGACCUUCGAGGAGGUGGCUGUGCAUUUCUCUGAGGAGGAGUGGUCUCAGCUAGGUCCUGACCAAAAAGAGCUGCAUUGGGAAGUCAUGGUGGAAAAUCAUAGGAACGUGGCCUCUCUGGGUAAUAAUGUGCAGGAGAAUCAAGAUUCCUUUGAAAUGUUCCAAGUGAUCAAUGCUGGAGAUGGAACGGAGAAGUCUGCAAUUCAAAAGGAAAUAGAAAGACAUGAAAGAAACCAGUUAAAUAACUGGAAUCAGGAAAGCUCAUCUUCUAUUGAUGCUUCAGUGCAAGAGUUUUUUGCCCAAGAAAGGAAUAUAAAGAAAUAUAUUUGGAAAAGUGUGAAACUAAUCAAAGCUAACUUACAUCUAAAUGAACACUUUCCAAACCAAAACAAACAAGAUGCUAUUAGCAAACACAAUGGAAAAAAUUACAAUGGGACUUUCCCCCCUUCUCUUGGAAAUUGGUCCCUUAUAUCUCAACAAGGGAUCCAGAGAGAAGAGAAACCUAAUGAAUGUGUGGAAUGUGGAAAAAGCUUCAGAACAGGCAGUCAAUUUACUUUCCCUGAAACGAUCCAUACAGGACAGAAGCCAAAUACAUGCAUGAAUUGUGGAAAUAACUUUCAUGAUCUUACUUUACAUAAAAUGUUUGACACAAUGAAGAAACUAUAUGAAUGCAUGGAAUGUGGAAAAGAUUUUAUGUCAAAUGGUGGUCUUCUUUAUCAUAAAAAGAUCCACAAAGGGGAGAAACCACAGAAACGCAUGGAGUGUGGAAAGACCUUUGCUCAUAGAAUUCAACUUACUAAACAUAAUAGAAGCCAUGCAGAGGAUAAUCCACAUAGUUGCAAGGACUAUGGAAACUGGUUCAGUACAAUAUGUUCCCUUGUACUCCAUGAAAUGAUCAACACAAAGCAGAAGGUAUUCAAAUGUGUGCAAUGCGGAAAGGGCUUUAGGAGAAAUUGUGAUCUUACCAUGCAUAAAAGGAUCCACACAGGGGAGAGGCCAUAUAAAUGCAUGGAGUGUGGGAAAGCCUUUGCUCACAGGAAUAAACUUGCGAUCCAUAAAAGGAUCCACACAGGGGAGAAGCCCUAUAAAUGCAUGGAGUGUGGAAAGACCUUUGCUCAGACCGGUGGUCUUAUUUCCCAUAAAAGGAUCCACACAGGAGAGAAGCCAUAUAAAUGCAUGGAGUGUGGAAAGAGCUUCCGUCGGAGUGAUUGUCUUACUUCUCAUAACAGGAUCCACACAGGGGAGAAGCCAUAUAAAUGCCUGGAGUGUGGAAAGAGCUUCAGUCGGAAUGAUUGUCUUAUUUCUCAUAAAAGAAUCCACACAGGGGAGAAACCCUAUAAAUGCCUGGAGUGUGGAAAGAGCUUUAGUCGGAGUGAUUGUCUUAUUUCUCAUAAAAGGAUUCACACGGGACAUGUCAUAUAAAUUUGUAAGGUCUUGCCUCUCUAAACUUUCCAAGAAAGCAGGGCUCUUGAAACUGAAGUUAUUCCAAAAUGAGCUUUUAUUGAAAGGCUUGUGAUAGAGAUCUCGGCAGGAACUAAAUCUUCCCACUUAAAAACAGCAAUUUAAAGCAGUGGAAAACCCCUCCCACAGUACAGCAAUGCUGGAAACAGAAAGAGAAACUCCAUAUAGCAAUCUCUCCAAUCCCCCCCGCCCCCCCAAAUGCCAGCGUCCCAAUAGAAAUAUUUAUAAAAGCAUGGAGUUUGGAAAGACCUUUACUCAGACCAGUCAUCUUAGUUCUCAUCCAAGGAUCCACAUGGGAGAAGGUAUAAAAAUGUAUGGAGUGUGGGAAGAGCUCCAGUCAUAGUAGUUCCCUUACAUAUCAUAAAAGGAUCUAUACAAGACAGAAAUUAUAUGAGUAACUUGGAAAGAGCUUCAGGAAAAGUAAUGACCUAAUUUUUUAUUUUUUUUAUUUUUGUAGCUUUUAAAUAUAUUUUUAUUGUUUACAUAUAGAUAUAUUGAAUACAGUGUAAUUGUCCUGGCAUUCUACUUGCCAUGAAACAAAAGGUAAAAACAAAAUACCAUAUAUAGUAUUUUAAACAGUGCUAGUGUUGUAUGAUUGUUUUUGACCAUCAUAUUCUAGAAUGUCAACUUAUCUAUCAUUCUAAUAGCUACAUUCUAAUAAUACAUAGUAUCUCUUUCUAUGUCCACCUAACCUGAUUAUUUCUCAUUCCAACUUCUACCUCUAACCAUUGAUAGAAUCUAUUUCAUGUAGCAUAGUAUUCUGUAUCUCCUUUAUCUUUUAGUUUUAGCAUUAGUCUGUAUCUUCCUUAUUGUCCCCUCUGAAGGGGUGUUUUCCCUCUUUCACUGCUGCACAUACACAAUUCUUGCUGCGGUCAAAAUGUGUAAUAUUAGUUAUGUUGCCUCUAUCAUAACCAUCUGAUAUAAUGCCUAAUAAAAAUAAUUCUGGCUUAAACUCUA